UUGUUGCUGUUGCUCAAUGAGAGAAUGAAUAGCUCCACUCCUAUAAUGUUUAUCUUGUAAAUUGGCACAAUGAAUAACAAUUGGUUUCCUUGUUGUGUGAGACUAUUGCUGAAACGUGGCUGCAGCUGAAACAAUUGGCAGGUGCGUUUUGAACGGGCUGCUUCUAUUGCUAUUCUCCAGAGAUUGAAUAACCACAAGUGUUAAGUAUCAUAGGAGCAGACAGGCCAGCAAGCAGAAGUUUGAAUCUAUAUCUGGUGGAGCAAUUCACUCACUAAAAUCGGAAUGAAAACGCAUCUGCUAUGAGAUCAUGCAUCAAGACAGCCCUUUAUAUGCUGCUGACAUCACUGAACAGCUGGCCAAACAAUUUGCCUUUCGAUCAGGCGGUCGAGGAGAUGGUGGGUGUCCAAUUAUAACCUUUCCUGAGUAUCCAAACUUCACUGAUAUCCCUGAGGAGGAGUUCCAAAAUGUUAUAACAUAUCUGACCAGUGUUCCAAGCCUUCAAGACGGUGGCGUUGGAUUUAUUCUGCUCGUAGACAGGAGACAGGACAAAUGGACCUCUGUAAAGGCGUCGCUGCUGCGAAUUGCGGGAUCAUUUCCAGGAAACCUUCAAUUAGUUCUCGUACUUCGGCCUUCAGGAAUCUUUCAGCGAGCAAUCUCUGAUUUUAACCUGAGGUUCAGUCGAGAUGACUUUAAGCUGAAGGUACCGGUCAUAAUGCUGAAUUCAAUCUCAGAAUUACAGAACUACAUUGAUAAAACACAGCUGACAGAAGAACUCGGGGGAACCCUGGAGUAUUGCCACAUGCAGUGGUUCUGCCAUCGCACUGCUAUUGAAAGUUUUGCUGUCAAGGUAAAGGAAACUGCCCAGGUGCUUCAGAUGUUUGGGACAGAACUUGCUGAAACUAAAUUACCAAAUGAUGUUACCACAACCAUGGGUCUUGUAACAAAGCACACAGAGAAAAAAGAAAUGAUGAAGAAUGAUAUAAGCCAGACACGAAGACAGGGUUGUUCUCUCCUCUCCUGUAUUCUGGAACCGGUCAACAGAAAUCCAGGGCAUCAGCUGAACACAGAUGAGCUGGAUAAUCAGAGCACUGUAGAACGGUUGCUUGCACAGUUGUGUGAGACUGAAGUGGCCUUCGAUGAGUUUUGGAGUAAGCAUCAGCUGAAGCUUGAGCAGUGUCUGCAACUCCGACACUUUGAGGAAGAUUUCUGUGAGAUCAAAGCAGCUUUGGACAUCAUAACAGAACGGUACUACAUUUUCUCUGAUAUUGGAAACAGCUCGACCCACGUGAACCACAUUAUCAAGGAGCUUUGCAGCCUUGAAGAAAAAUCUCAGGAAACACUGAACAGAGCUGAGGCCUUGAUGGUCCAGGGAGAUAAGCUGAUAGAGGACAAUCACUAUGCUGUUGAUUCAAUACUCCCCAAAUGCAAUGAACUUAGACGUGUCUAUGACAAUCUAGUGAAUGGAAUAAGAAUCAAGAAGGAAUUGCUUAAUCAAGCAAUGGAGUUGCACUCGCAGCUGGAACAGGCUAUGCAGUGGUGUGAUGCUGGGAUUUACUUGCUGGCGUCACAACCUGUCGAUAAAUGCCAGUCCCAGGACGGGGCAGAGGCUGCCCUGCAGGAGAUUGAAAGGUACUUGGACACUGCCACAGGGCAGAAGCUGGAGGACUUGACAAACAUCCGCAACAAGUAUGGGGCAAUUCUUGGAGGUGACCUUAUGAACCAUGUUCUGAAAAUCUUCCAAAAGCAGGAGGCAAUGGAGGAGAUGUUUGAAAAGAGACGAGUAAGCCUCAAGAAGCUGGCUGCAAAGCAAACCCGCCCAGUGCAACCAGUAGCUCCCCGACCAGAAGGGAUCCCACGGUCUCCCAUUCUCUUCUCCAGAACAGAUCACAGAAAAGGAAGUGACCCUAAUUCUAGCCACAAAGCAAGUGUCACAGAGGUUAAUCCACUUAACAAAAACAGAAGUCUUUCAAAGACUGAGAUGAAUGAGCUUGAAGGAAGGAAGUGCUCUUCAUCUGAUGAUGAGGUGAACCUGACAGUGUUACGAAGCCAUGUAAUGAAUGAGCUGAUUGAAACUGAGCGGGCCUACGUGGAAGAAUUACUAUGUGUGCUUGAGGGAUAUGCUGCUGAGAUGGAAAACCCUUCAAUGAUUCCAUUCAUCCCAGUGGUUCUGCAGAAGAAGAAAGAUGUGCUGUUUGGAAAUAUGUCUGAAAUUUAUGACUUCCACAACAGAAUAUUCCUAAAGGAGCUGGAAAAUUACAUUGAUUGCCCAGAGCUGGUGGGACGCUGUUUCCUGGAGCGGAUGGAAGACCUUCAGAUUUAUGAAUGGUACUGUCGCAAUAAACCCCGCUCAGAAAGCUUGUGGAGACAGUGUUCAGACUGCAUUUUUUUCCAGGAAUGUCAGAAAAAGUUGGAACACAAGCUGGGCCUGGAUUCCUACUUGUUGAAGCCAGUACAGCGGAUAACCAAGUACCAGUUAUUACUCAAGGAGUUGCUGAAGUACAGCAAGAACUGUGAGGGAGCGGAGGAUCUGCAGGAAGCGCUGGCAGCUAUUGUCGGAAUCCUGAAGGCUGUGAAUGAUUCAAUGCACCAGAUUGCCAUCACGGGCUAUGAGGGUAAUUUAAGUGAACUUGGCAAGCUGUUGAUGCAAGGGUCAUUCAAUGUCUGGAUAGACCAUAAGAAGGGUCAUGCAAAGGUCAAAGACCUGGCAAGAUUCAAACCAAUGCAGAGACAUCUAUUCCUCCAUGAGAAGGCAUUACUUUUCUGCAAGAGAAGAGAAGAAAAUGGGGAAGGGUAUGACAAAGCCCCUUCCUACAGUUAUAAACAGUCCUUACAUAUGUCCACUGUGGGUAUCACUGAGAACGUUAAGGGGGAUAACAAAAAGUUUGAAAUAUGGUACAAUGCAAGGGAAGAGGUUUAUAUAGUGCAGGCAUCAACCCAAGAAGCUAAAAACAUAUGGGUGAAUGAAAUAAGAAAAGUCCUAACAAGCCAGCUAGAAGCUCGUAGAGUUUCUACCCAACACUUAAAGUUAGAGCAUUUUUCUGUGGCUCCUUUAACCCUACCCAUUAACAACAGUGCCUUGUGGAGCCCACAGAAAGUGAGAAGAGCUGAAAUUAUGAGCCCUGAUAAUCGCAUCACUUCAGUUACCACACCAAAGAAACAGGAAAAAAGGAAAGGCUGGACCAAGGUGUCACAUUCCCUAGAUAUACCAGAAGAAACCAACGAUGGCUGGUCCAGUGCUGAUGACCAACUCAACUCUUCAGACUGUGAAGAGGAUGCAAGUAGAAAGUUGCUUCCAGGGAAGUACACAGUUACAGCAGACUUUGGGAAGUCAGGAGGAGAUGAGCUGAUCGCGUGCAGUGGGGAUAUGUUACAGCUGAUCUGUGAGGGCCGGGAAGAACGAUGGCUCGUAAGAAAUCUCAAUACAAAUAAAGAGGGCUGGGUUCCAGCUACAACCCUACAGACACUGCUCAGAGAUUCUAGUUCUUCUCGGUCCAUAAGCAGCUCAGAGUCAGCCAGUGCUUCAAGUACUCUGAGCUCUGCAUCCAGCUGCACUGACCAUUAUACAGCCAGUGGCAUCAGCAUCAGCGACUUAAAGGGCUAAUACUUACAAAAUUGGUGGUCCUUCUUCUCAAACCUUUCCUUUCCAAUGUAACCGGCACUGAGGUAGAGAGUCCAUGAGUUGUCCUGCUGCUUCUUCGCACCCUGGGCUUACGGUCAAUGCCAGCUGUGGUAUUAACGUUUCCAGAACUUUUCCUGGAGUGGAGAUUGCCACCGAUAUCCCUGGAGCUGAAACUGGGUGCCUUCAACAAUGGGGAGCCAGGAGCUAAAUAACAUCCAUGAACACUGAGGCUGCGCUCUGUGUGAAGCUUGACCACUUUCUGAUGGACAAGAAGCUAAGGUGUAGGCCCAGGCAGCAUGGUAGAGUAGAGAGGAGUGAUGAAGGCAGUAAUGUGAGACCAUGUUAGGAAGAGAGCACUUAUCAUGUAAACAAUGGUGACAAUACUUCAACAGGAGCUCUGAAUAUUUUUGGGAAACCGGCAAUUGUAUUGAGCUCCACUUCCUAGCGCUUAACUGUGAUUUUUGGAUGCUUCUAAGUGUGUGUGCCCGUUACAUUCAUCUGUUCCCAGGAUCUAGUGCAUGGGAGAGGAACCUCUUCUUAAUAACCCCUGAGAAAAUCUGAUCUAGAAAUGCUGAACAUUUACCAUUUCAAGAUGAAAUAUUUAAGAGUGUCUACAUUACAAGCUUCCAUGUUAUUUUUUUGUUUUCCAUCACUUUUUCCAUCCAUCUGUUGAAGUCCUGUGUUGCUCCGUCCCACCCCCAGCAUUCCAUAGUCCCACAAGCUCUAUAUCAUAGAGACGGCAAAAUUGCUGCCAUUAUCAAUUGACGUAUUAGGAACUCUUUAUCAAGAGUAUGUUACAAAUAGAAGAUUCUCCACAGUGUCCUUGAACCUUGGUGUUUGAGUACAUUGUAGCAAAUUACUUUUGUUCUUGGCCAUGGACGUGAACUUGAGAAUACUUCCAGAUAUAAUAGCUUACUUUGGUGCUAUCUGCACAGAGAGAAAUCUGCCUGCUGCUCCUCACCCAGUGUCACCCUUGCUAGCAGAUGAGUCAGUGUCUGAUGGGCAUUAAUAGCCUCAGCUGGGGCUGAUGUCUCAGUGCUUGUCAGGCCUUUUAGGAUUUUCAUGGGUCCAAUAUUUGGCUAUUGAUCACACUUUUAAAAUGCUCUCUUUUAGAUUUUGCAAUGCAGUAAAUGUCUUGGCACUUCUGGCUCAGCAUACUCAGUCCACUUUAAUAACUGAUGUCCAUCAUUCAGAUCCUGUCCAAGUUGUGUCCAACUGUAUUUUGUGUAUGGAAGCAUGUGUACAAUAAAGUAAGAAAUAACUGAUA